UAUGGAAACACAGGAGAGUUUGGUGGGGUCUCAGCAAGACCUUGAUAAAAUAAUGGAUGCUGUUGAAGUGACAGGAGAAGAGAACUUUAUGACUGAUUUCAUCGACGAGGAUGGGGGAAUUAUUGACUAUGGGGAUGAAGAUGUGGACCUGGAUCUGGAAUCUGACAUAGAAGAGGACACUGUUGUUGAUGACACUGAGUACCCAGCCACUCCCGAGGAGAGAAUAUCACGUCAGGAACAGCUGCGGAUGAUUCACUUUAGGGCUUACCUUAAUGAGCUAGAUGAGAAAGUCAAACACAAGAAAUAUGUGGCAGACAAAACCAGGGAGGAGCUGAAGAAAUGCAAGGAGCGUAUAGAGCAGCUUGAAGAGGAGAGAGACCAGGUGUUUAAGGAUACACAGAACGCAGAGGCGGAACAAAAUACGGCUGCCUUGUUUCGCCUGAGGUCAUAUCAUGAGCGAGUUUGUGAGGAAUUAGACACAGAACAAGACUUGGCUGUGAGAAUAAAGUCUGCCUUGGUUCAGUCUGAGUAUGAUCUAAACAAGGCAAACAUAGAAAAGGGUAAGUUUUUACUGGAGGAACACGAUUUGAAGAAGAAAGAAGAAGUGCUAGAGAAACAGAAAGCUGAUGCAGCUGUGAUACGAAUCAGGAAGGAAGAGAAGUUUGCUAAUAAAGCCCAGGAGACAAGGUUGUCCAGGCAACGAUUGUUUAGGGAGGCUCAGGCGAUGGGUCAGAUGAAGCAACAGAGAGCGAUGGAGGAUGCCAGAAGGGCCCAGGAGGAGACUCAGGUCUAUGUCAAGCAGACCAUAGCCAUAAUGAAACGUCGUGAACAGGAAUCUGAAGAGAGGCAGAAGUCAGAUUUGCAGACAAAAAUGGACUCUGUGAUAAAGCUUAAAACUGACAUCAAGGCAAACAGAGAGAACCUAAAUGCCAUCCGAGCACGUGACAGGGCAAGAGAACGAGAGCGUCAGUUACAGGAGCUGGCAGAGAGACAGGCGAUUCUGGAACAGGGAGGUAACCCUGACCAGGCCAUGCUCAUCAAGAAACGACUCGAGGAAUUUGAAAAUGAGAAGCGACAGUUCAAAGCAAAAACCCAAGAAAAAACGGCUGGAAUCAUGAAUCGCAUUUUAGUGGAGGAAGAGAGACUGAAAAAGAGGAAGAAAAAACAGCCGUAUUUAUGGAUGGAUGUGAAGAACAUGAGUGAAAAUAAUCUGGGGCCUCACAGGAAGAAACCCUUGAAGAUGUUCAAAGAAGCUGGCAUAAUUGAACCAAGUUUGACUGAGUUUGAGCCUUACUUAAUUGAACAGGAGGAACAAGAAAAACAGAAGACACAGGGACAGCCAGUGGAGGAGACUGGUAAGGAUCAGGUUGGACAGGGUAAUGAGGAUGCCAAGGAAUCUGAUGAUGAGGAGGAGGAGAACACUGGCAGUGAGGCAGAACAGGAGGUGGCUGCUCCAGAGGAAGAAGAUGGCAGCCGAGUGAACUUGGCAGUGCCCGAGUUUGAGGGAUUAUGGGACCAGCAUAAGCCUUAUAAGGUUCCAAAGGAGAUAGAUGGGCCUCGGAAAAUACCUGGAGCCACCAAGAUGGAAAUGGACAUUCUAGAGAAAAAUUUUGAGAAGCAAAAGCAGAGUAUAGUUACGAGGCAGGUGGCGGCAGGUCGAGAAUUCAAAGGGGCUGCAUUCUACAGCAAACCCGAUGUGGUCCAUUUCAAGGAUUUUGAUGUGGGCAAGUGUUACAAGAAGCGGGUGAUCCUGACCAAUGUCUCCUACAGCGUCAACUACUGUAAAUACAUUGGCAUUACAGAGCAUCUGAAGGACUUUAUUGACAUUCAUUUUGAUCCUCCAGGUCAGAUGUCAGCAGGAAUGACCUGUGAGAUGCUGGUUACCUUUAAACCAAUGAUCAACGAGGAUCUAAUGGGAGAGGUGAACUUCAUGGCACAGACUGGUCCAUUCUCUGUCCCUCUCAGAUGUACCACCAAGAAGUGUGAUCUGAUGGUAGAUCAAGACACAGUUGACUUUGGCACAGCUGUGAUUGGAGAAACCCUGAAGCGAACAUUCACACUGACAAACAAAGGAGCACUGGCUACAUCUUAUGAGUUCUUUAAAGUCACAGGUGUGAAGCAGAGGACAGUGACAUCAGCAGCCACGUCUCUGGGCAGACUGGCAUGUUCCCCAGAUAUUCAGACCACCUCUGAUACAGUGAGAGGGGAGAGCCCAGUGUCUGACAGCCUGAACAAAACAGACAAACCAGAUGUCACACAGACCCAGGAGGCACCAGUGGUCGAUCAGACUUUGGUGGGGGAGGAGACACCUGCUGUGAUGACAGCUGGAGAUGCUGAUACAGCCCCUGAGAUACCAGGAGAGGAUGUUGAGGAGUCAAACGACACUGCCAGGGAGGAGGGAAGUAAUGCGUAUGGGGUCAGUGAGCUAGAGGAUCUGGACACUGUGGAUGGCAUGAAGGUCAAAGGGCAAGGGUCAGGGGAAAUUGGUACCUUCAGUUCUGUCAGGUUGGAGGUGAUGUGGCAGCCUACCAUCCCUGGCAAGGUGGAUUGUGAAUUUCUCAUCAACUUUGCUGACCCGCUGUCUGAAAGCUGUUCGUUGCGGGCUCUGGCCAGUGCCAUAGAUGUGCCGGUCUGGGUGGAUCGUCAGACAGUUGACCUGAAGAUCUGCAUGUUUGACCGGCUGUACCAGGACACAAUCAUUGUGAACAACCGUGCCACUACGGCCCUGCGCCUCAAGUUUGAGGUGUGUAAAGAGUUGAGGAACCAUCUUGAACUGCUGCCUAAGACAGGUUAUAUCCAGGCUCAGUCACAGUUCUCAGCACAACUCAAGUUUCUCCCAAGGAAAAGUUUAUUUGAGGAUGGUAGUAAAUACUUUGAUACUGAGACAGGGGUUCUUGAGGCCCCUAUGGUGAUAAGAGUGGCAGAUCAGACUCGCCCAGUGCCGUUCACAGUUCAGGCAGUCAUAACCAACUCAGACAUGGAAUUUGACACUACAGACUUGGACUUUGGUUGCUGUACUAUCUAUGAAUCAGUUAAACACACUGUACAGCUGUCCAAUAAGUCUAUUCUGCCUCAGCAAUAUGGAUUCCUCAACAUCCCAGACUUUGUGGAGAUCCAGCCUAAUGAUGGCUUUGGUACUCUGUUACCUCUUGAAACAAUACAACUGGAUAUUAUCUUUAGUCCUAAGAAGGCCAAAGACUAUAAGUUUGAUCUCACCUGUAAAUCUUUAAUCAACAGGAAUUUCACUAUCAGCUGUGUGGGUGUUGGGGUUCACCCCCCUCUGGAGCUGUCACACCAGACCCUGCACUUCAAGGCCACAUCUCUCUAUGACGUCUCCAUGACAUCGCUGGAAGUCGUCAACUCUCACACCAGCACUAACGAGUUCACACAUCCCGUUCCUAGGAUUGGCAAAGGAGCUAUUGCCCCAGUAGGACCCACAUCCUUUGAGUUUGUCGUGCCAAAGGGUGCCCCGAUAACUGUGUCUCCGUCUGUGGGAACAGUGGAGCCUGGAAAGAAAUGUCACAUCAAGGUGCGUUUUUCUCCCACAUUGCGUGAGGAAGACAAAGAGGAGGCUGUGAGGAUGAUGGUGAAAUCCCUGGAGGCAAGGCUCAGAGAGACUAAGAAAAAACAGGCAACAAAGAAAGGUGCCCCUGAUAAAGCAAAGGGCAAAAGCAGCAGUGGUCUGAGUGCCUCAGAGAGCGUGGUGAUGUCUGGUCCUCGCUCAGUGACACCGCCCAACCCAGACACCAUCACAAAAAAUUCUGCUGCAUACACCUCUGCUGUGGGCUCACUGAUGAGACAGUUCAGGGGACAGUUCAAUACGAUCGUCAUUCCGUGUUAUGUGGCCUCAGGGAAGUGUGGUGAUCCAGGUGAACUACCCUACAGCAUUCACAAUACGUUGUACCUGGAAGUGCACUGCCCCAUAGUGAAACCUCCUGUGGUGGUGAUCUCUGAUAGUGGCUGUACAACCACAGACUUUGGGGACAUCUCCGUUGGGCAACAUGUCAGCAAAUCCUUCACUAUCCAGAACAUUUCCAAAAAGACACUGGAGCUUUCCUCCUCAAUUCUGGACACCAACGGGCCAUUCCAGAUGCUGAAUGCUUUGAGAGUUCUUCCCCCUGAUGCCUCCCACACUGUUCUCAUCUCCUUCACUCCCACCAAAGCUCAGAUAUAUCAGGAAGUGUUGGAGAUCCGCUCGCCGACUGCUCAUUUGUCGGUCACGGUGAUGGGACGAGGGGUGGACCCCAUCAUCAACCUGUCCGUGGACAAACUGCUGGAUAUGGGCACAGUACUGGCUGGGGAAUAUGUGGAGAAAAACUUCAAGAUCCACAAUGUGUCCUCACUGUCAGUUGAUUACAAUAUCAAGCUAGACAGCCUGUCCUUACUGAAGCAUGCCAGGUGUCAGGGAAUACCCUCCUAUCUCCAACCUGACAAGAAAGCUAAACCACGCGUGGGCGUACAAAAUUUCAAUGGUCAGAAUGUGUUCGACUGUGUCCCUACUGAAGGAACAAUACCACCAGGUGCUACCCACGAGGUUAUGGUGACUUUUGCCCCCGACCACGCCAGUGAUCAUUUCUCAGACAGUGCCAAGAUAGAGCUGUUCCAUCAGGAGGACUCAUAUAGGUUCCAGCUGAUUGGAAAGGCCAAGCCACGUGUGAUGUACCUGGAAGGGCUGGAUAGCCGGCACCCAGACGUGGAGUCUCUGGCAGCAGAGCCCCGGGGCCCCGACGAAGAGGAGGACAGCAAACCUUUACCGACACCUGUGUUGUUUACCCUGCAAUGUCGAGCCAAAGAGGAUGAGUUUAUACCAGCUAGUCGGGACCUGUACGUGGGCUGUGUCAGAACGAUGGCGGUCAGUCAGAAAAAAGGUAAUGUGAUUGAGUGGAAUGGGAUAGAGCAAGAUCAUCAGUCUAUUCAGGUUACUUUCGUAAUCCCCAACCAUGAAUCAAAUACAGAGAACUGUGAAUUAAUAUGUGAGGGCUACACCAUAUUGAAAAAGGUGGUGGCAUACUUCGGUAGUCAGUGGAUAACCCAUUUCUCAAUGAUCAAUUUCAAGAAGGUUUUGUUCCAUUUAUUAGACAACCCAUGUUUCAUACUGAUUUGCAUAUUUUCUUAUGCUUUACAGAGUGGAGAAUUCAGCUUUGACAAUAUCCAACCUCUUAUUGCUAAAGGAUUUAACAUUGAACCUCAAAAGGGAUUGGUUGAAGCCGGAGUCCACAAGGCUGUUACAGUCACGUGGUCGCCUCCCCCAGGACAUGAUCCCAGCCAGCCAAUGGACGGCAGUGUUAUCGUGACCUUGAAGGGCGAUGCCGUGGAACAAAUAAAGAUUCUGAUGAAGGCCUUUGUGGUGUGGGACUGAGAACAUGAGAAAAGAUUUACUUUGUAAAAAAUGAAUGACUUACAAAAACACUAUAGUUCUACCGGUUAUACAUGAAUACUUGUCCGGAAAUAUACGUUUGAAAACUGUGAAUGUUGCUGGAGUAUUUGUGGUGACAUUGGAACAAUUAUUUGUAACUAAUCGACAAGAUCAGCAGUGAGUCCUUGUUCAGUGCACAUCUACAUCACAGAAACCAUGGUUAAUUAUUUGAAUACCAGCCUGAGCCAUACCUGGUAUAAGUGCCUUCACAUAUAUUAGAUGGACAU